AUGAGAAUUAAACGAAAAGCUGCAGAAGUUGCACGCGAAGCUAUACGAGCUACCUUGCAAACAAUCAGCAAAAAGCAGAAACGACCAAACCGUAAAUGUACAACGGUUCACGUAAAAAGUGUCAUUAAAUCAUUGAAAUCAAAACGGAACAAUGCAAUGGUUACUAACAGUAAACGUAAUGAGUCAUCGAUUCGGUUAAACUCAAAGCAAUCAAAUAACACUGAUAAAAGCAGUGAUAAAAACUUUUUAACAAACUCUGAUAUUUAUGUAUAUAAUCAGUUGAAACAAUUGCCUAAUAGAUUAAUGGUUCAACUACCUUGCGGAGUGAUUUGUAAUGCUGCUAAACGUCUUCAAAAUGCUGAUUACAGUACUUUAGCUGGAUUUAUCAUAUUUCGAACUGAUCUUCAUCCUUUCAAUCACGGAUAUAAACAGAAGAAUGCUCAUUGA